UUUCUCUCUUGCUUCCCCACCACAGCCUCUCUCUCUCUCUCUCUCUUCCACUGAAGCUUGAGAAGAAAGGCCGUGCUUUGAUCGGCGUCCAUGGAGAAAAGCGUCCUCGAUUACGUCCUGGUCCCGGCGGGCCUGCUCGUGAUGCUGGCGUACCACGCCUGGCUGCUCCACCGGGUCGUCAAGUACCCGAACGAGACCGUCAUCGGCGUCAACGCCAUCAACCGCCGCUUCUGGGUUCAGGCCAUGAUGGAGGACUCGCCCAAGAACGGAGUGCUGGCGGUGCAGACGCUGCGCAACAACAUAAUGGCGUCGACCCUCCUGGCCUCGACGGCGAUCAUGCUCACCUCCCUCAUCGGCCUCCUGAUGACCGGCGGCAACGGCGACCGGUUCGCCUUCUUCGUCUUCGGCGACAAGAGCCCCCGCAGCUUCUCGGUCAAGUUCUUCGCCAUCCUCGUCUGCUUCCUGAUCGCCUUCCUUUUCAACGUCCAGUCCGUCCGCUACUACAGCCACGGGAGCAUCCUCGUGAACGUGCCCUACAAGAAGAUGUCACCCCACCACCGGCACCACCAGGUGACGGCGGACUACGUGGCGGCCACCGUGAACCGGGGGAGCUACUUCUGGUCCCUCGGGCUCCGCGCGUUCUACUUCUCGCUGCCUCUGUUCCUGUGGAUGUUCGGGCCGGUCCCGAUGUUCGUGAGUUGCCUCGUACUGGUGGCCAUGCUCUACUCGCUGGACGUCACCUUCGACUUCGGAUGGGCCGUUGUCCCGCACCAUGAGGACGACGAUGACGUUCGUGGAGGUAACAGAGACGAAGAAAGUGGUUAGACAAAAACUAAUGUCGGUUAUGAUUAAGACCAGCCUAUAAAAUUAGCAUA